UAUUUUACGAAAAAUCAAAGCUUAAUCAUCCUGCGCAGUAAGCACAUCAGAUCGUUUCCAGAAUGAAUAUCUUUCGGUUUGCAGCAGACUUGCUUCAUGUGUUUGCCAUUGCAACAUUAUUACUGAAAAUAUGGAACACGCGUUCUUGUGCCGGCAUAUCUGGCAAAUCGCAGAUACUGUUUGGACUGGUCUAUGUAACGCGUUAUUUGGAUCUUUUUACGACAUACGUCAGCCUCUACAACUCGGUGAUGAAGGUGUUCUUUGUGGUCACAUCCGCAGUUGCAAUCUUCUUGAUAUACGUUCAGUAUAAGAAAACCUAUGAACACGAUCUUGACUUAUUUCGGAUUGAAUUAUUACUGCUGCCUUGCGCAAUGCUCUCCUUGGUUAUAAAUCACGAGGACAUCGUAUUGGAAGUGCUCUGGACAUUUUCCACCUAUUUGGAAUCGGUUGCCAUUAUACCACAACUGUUUAUGGUGAAGAAGUCCGGAGGGAUCGAAAAAUUUAUGAUUCGUUAUUUAAUUGCUUUUGGCUCUUACCGAGCCAUUUACUUAAUAAACUGGGCUUAUCGCUACAUAAUGGAGUCGCAUUAUGAUCUGAUUGCGAUCUUCGCUGGAAUAUUGCAAACAAUUAUAUAUAUACUUGGUUUCUUCCUAUUGCGCGGUGUGAAAGUUGUUGUCAGUGAUAAAGAAGAGGAACCACAGUCUCCGAAAAAGAAAAAUCCGCUCGAGGCAAAGUGGACACCACCUUCAAAUCAUGGUAAUGGGAAAGUUGUUUCGGUUAAUAUUCCAGAAGGCCCAGCUGAAGUGCACAAGCUCGUAAUAGUUGCCAAUUGUACAAUCCCUGCUCCUGGUGAGAAAGUGUAAUCUUCAACGCUGCAAAGUCUUUCUUAAACCAAGAAGCUAGUGGGUUCAGCUUAUUUUAUUUUUCACUCACUCCAAUAUUUUUACGAUUGUAAUCUUCUGAAAUGUUUUUAAAAUGUAGAACCUACAUACAUAUGUAUAUUAUAUAACUAGAUACUCAAAUAACGAGUAUUUUUGAAGCAAAAUAAAACUUUCCAUUCGACAGUCAAA